AUGGCCACCAUGGACCCGCUCGACCUCCUCCGUCAAUCCAUCUCCCAAAAUCUCCCUGCGACCCUGCAGACAGAUGCGGGCGAGCCAGCCGACUCGCUCGCGUCCGCGUCUGUUCUGUCCUUCCCCCAGCCCGCCCCGCAGGAGGCCGUCACCGUUCCCAAGGACGCGGCUACUCGAUACUCUCGCACGGAUGCGCGCGACGACUUCUACUCGGUUGGCCACCUGUGGCUUGCCUGGACAGAGCGCGACACUGGUGUCCGUGACUACCUCGUGAAGGGCCAGGCCGCUGGUGUUGGUUACGUCUCGAUCACGGACAGGCGUGGUGUCGUAGACUUCCUCCAGGGUGCCUCGGACAGUGGUCCUCGCGUGCUUGGACAGGGAGAGGAGGCCAAGCCUGUCCCCACCGCCGCUGCGCCCUCGGCGGACUCGCUCCCCGCAGCAGCUGAGGCGUCAACUGAGGCAGGACCGUCGCGUACGGCGCCGGUGCCGAAGCGCAAGUACGAGGUGGACGUUGCCGACCGCGAGUUCUGCAAGAGGCUGCGGGCAGAGGAGGUGGAGCUUAGGGAUCGCAACACCGUCCUUCGUGUUUCCGGAGGUGGCAAGGUGAACAACUUCCAAUCGUUUGUUCAGACUGUCAUGAGCGAGAAGAUCCGCGCCUUGCGAAAGUCGUUUGAGUCCUCUGGCCGCGCUCAGCCCCAACAGCAGGCGACGCCGACCGACCCAUCCCGUGGUGCCCGCAAGGCCAAGUCAAGCCACCCUAUCAUUAUCAUUUCUUCUUCCCCUACGUCUCUUCUCACCAUGUGGAACGUUAAGAAGUUCCUCGAGCAGGGAAUCUUCGAGCCAUCUGAUGUUGCGCGCCAGAACGAGGCCCAGCAGGGCAACACGCGUGCAGAGGACAUGAUUCCCGUGUUGAGAUCAAGGAGUGGUCCCAGCGGCGAGGUGACGACCAAGUACUACGUCGUCGACAGCGUCGAAGCGUUGCAAAAGUUUGGUCAAGACCCUUGGGACCGUGUUGUUGGUGUAGUGACCACUGGCCAAGCGUGGCAGUUCAAGCCGUACAAGUGGACGGAGCCCAAGCAGCUGUUCCGCCAUGUUAAGGGCCUCUACUUCCAGUGGCACAACGAGCCGUCAAACCCGGCCAUUCGGGACUGGAACGUUACAGAGCUGAGGAUCGACCGCUCCAAGCGCCACACCGACCGUCAGGUCGUCACUGAGUUCUGGCGUCUGCUGGACCAGAAGCGUCGUUAG